CUCUCUCCAUCCAUCCAUAAUUCAGCAUUCUCUCUUUCUCACUCUUUCUCAAUCUCUCUCUCCUUCGCUCUGUUCGCUCGCUCACCGACUGUGUCUGGCUGCUUCUUCCCGAGCUGAGCAUCGGAAAACUCAGCUACCUGAGACACACCAGUAUGAGAGAGAGAGAGAGCGAGAGACUGAGAGAGUCCACUGAGAAAGUAAACAGGCGGAGGAGAGGAGCUGCACUGUCGCAGGGAGAGCAGUUCUGAGAUUUGUGUUUGGGUCAAGGAGACUGAUUUUGAGUCAUUCGGUGUGACAGUGGAUCCAGUGCUGUGAGACGGCUCUGUCUGCUUUCUACAGACAUUCAGUGUCACAGCGGGGGGCCGUGUCAGCCACCAUUAGCUCCCCCGUCUCCGUGAAGAUAACAGGAGCAUGCAGGUGUUAGAGGUGACCCGCUCCAGCCUCAAACAGCACCUGACAGACUGAAGCAGUGGAGCACGGAGUCAACAACCAGCAUCAGUCUGAAGCAGUCAAGUGCAGAUCCAGACCUGAGCAGGAUGGCUGGUGUCUACAACUCGGAAACCCAAGACAGCAUGUGUCUCCUCACAGCUCCGGUAGAACCUUUCUAAACACAGCAACUGUUUCCUGGGUCAAGACCCCUUGGAAUCCAUUAUGUAAAUGCACCUCUGUCUCCUUCCUGUGAUGGGAGACUGAAACAUGAGCAUCCGCACAGCUUUCCGGACCUCUGACCCUGGCCCUGUACCUGCUCGGAUCCAGCCCCUCUAAAAGACCACCAAGGAGGGGGCACAGCAUCACUGGAGGUAGCUGGAGGGCGUGGAGGAAGAAGGGGGAAGAGCCGGACGAGAAGAAGAAGAUCAUCCACAUCCACAUCAUCGUUUCAUAGGAAUAUAAUUGCUUGUGGAAUAUAAAUAUCCAUUAUUUGGAAUAUCACAGAAUACAUUGGGAAAUCCCAUUAAUUUGGAAUACUGGGAAUACUAUUGUUCUGACUCGCCAUCAUGAAGGUGAGCCCGUCGUCCUGUCUCUGUCCUGUGCUCCUUUGUCUCUGCUUCCUGGAGAGGAGCUACGGGGCGAGCCACCAUGGACAGGCCAGAGUGAUCUCCAGGAACCACAACCUGACCCACAGUCACAACCAGACUAAAGACGGUGAGACAGAGGUCCACCACAGACCAAAACGGGGCUGGAUAUGGAACCAGUUCUUUGUCUUAGAGGAGCACAUCGGGCCAGAAGCACAGUAUGUUGGGAAGCUUCAUUCAAACUCAGAUAAAGGAGACGGUUCAGUUAGAUACAUCUUAAGUGGAGAAGGAGCAGGGACUAUCUUCAUCAUAAAUGAGGUAACGGGGGACAUCCAUGCCACGAAGAGUCUGGAUCGGGAGAAGAAGUCUCACUACGUUCUCCACGCUCAGGCCAUCGACAUCAACACCAACAAACCCCUGGAACCAGAGUCAGAGUUCAUCAUCAAAGUACAGGACAUAAACGACAACGCCCCCAAAUUCCCAGACGGCCCCUUCGUCACACACGUGCCUGAGAUGUCGGAAGUCGGUACAUCCGUAUUCCAAGUGACAGCGACAGAUGCAGAUGACCCCACCUAUGGGAACAGUGCGCGGGUAGUGUACAGUGUGUUACACGGGCAGCCAUACUUCUCUGUGGACCCCAAAACAGGGAUAAUCAGAACAGCACUGGGCGACAUGGAUCGAGAAGCGAAAGAGCACUACGCCGUGGUCAUCCAAGCCAAAGACAUGGCGGGGCAAGUGGGGGGCUUGUCUGGCUCCACCACAGUGAACAUCACCCUCACUGACGUCAAUGAUAACCCACCCAAGUUCCCCCAAAAGAACUACCAGGUGUAUGUAUCCGAGUCAGCUCAAGUUGGGAAGCCAGUGGGGAAGAUCAAAGCCAAUGACGAGGACAUUGGGGUCAACGCUGAGAUCAAAUACAGUAUUCUCAACCCUGAGGGAGCCAACAUGUUCUCUAUUGCUACAGACAAAGACACCAGAGAAGGCAUCAUUAGUCUGAGAAAGCCUCUUAAUUAUGAAAAGAAGAGACAGUACACAUUGCACAUCGCAGCGGAAAACACACACCUGGACUCUCGCUUUUCAUACCUGGGAUCUUUUAAGGAUGAUGCCACUCUGAAGAUAACGGUUGGGGAUGUAGAUGAACCUCCAGUUUUCUCUAUGGAUUACUAUAUUAUGGAUGUCUAUGAGAACGCCAAGAUCGGAACAGAGGUGGGAGCGGUAACAGCACAGGAUCCAGACAGCAAGAACAGCCCAGUCAGGUAUUUCAUUGAGCGAACAGAGGAAGGCGAGGGGUAUUUCGACAUCGAGGCUGUCAGCGGAGUUAUUAGAACCACUCAGCUCCUGGACCGAGAGGACACGCCCUGGCACAACAUCACCGUCAUGGCAACAGAAGAGGAUAACCCAAGUCUCCUGAGCCACGUUCCGGUCACAAUCCAGGUCCUGGACAUAAACGACAACCCACCAGAAAUCAACACAGAGGAGGAAAUUAUUAUUUGUGAAAGCACUCGAGCAGGACAGGUCAUACAAACGAUCACGGCUGUGGAUAAGGAUGACUUUGCGAAUGGACAGAGAUUUUAUUUCUCUUUCCCUGGAGGAAUUCCAGCAAACCCCAACUUCACCAUAAAGGACAAUGAAGACAGCACGGCCAGUAUCGUAGCGCGGCGGCGGCGGUUCCACAGGCUGACUCAGGAGCUGUACGAGUUGCCGGUGGUGGUGUGGGAUGGAGGCGAGCCGCUCCUGAGCAGCACCAGCACUCUCACGCUGCGGGUGUGCCCGUGCCAGCGUGGCUCCAGGCUGAAGAUCUGCCAGAGCGAGGCCUUCCUCUCCUCCGCCGGCCUCAGCACUGGAGCGCUCAUCGCCAUCCUGCUGUGUGUGCUCAUACUGCUUGCCAUCGUGAUUCUGUUCAUCACGUUACGACGGAGUAAAAAGGAGCCGCUGAUCAUCUCUGAGGAAGACAUUCGGGAGAACGUGGUUACCUAUGACGAUGAAGGAGGCGGGGAGGAGGACACCGAGGCCUUCGACAUCAUCGCUCUGAGAAAUCCAGAAGCUGCAGAGGAGCUGAAGUACAGGCGAGACGUUCGGCCCGAGGGCAGCCGACCAGGUUCUUCUUGCCGGCCGCACCGUCGCCACGGCGCCCACAGCCCCUCCUUCCUGGGGACGGAGGAAGAAAUGGACGUCCGUGACUUUAUUAAACAGAGACUAGCAGAGGCGGACCAGGACACCAGCGUACCGCCUUACGAUUCUUUACAGACAUACGCAUUCGAAGGGCAGGGCUCGCCGGCAGGUUCCAUCAGCUCCCUGGGGUCAGCCGGCGUCCACUCGGAACAGGAUUACAAAUAUCUGGACGACUGGGGUCCGGAAUUUCAAAAACUAGCCGAACUCUACGCAGAGGAGGUCGACGUACAAUCCGAAUCCACUACGAAAGACACAGAGGAACAGACUUAAAUGCUUUUUUUUUUUUUUUUAGACUGAUGAAAAACUUUAAACAAUACUUCAAAACAAAGACAAGAUAAACUGGCCUCUUUUUUGCUACCCCAGAUUUCAUUGUUUAUCAAUAAUGUGAGAUGUUCUCGGACCGUGACCCUGCCGAAAAUUCCAUCCGGCUGCAAAAGACACUCCGGCUGCUGUUGUUCUUCUCGUGCUUUUGGAUCCUUUGAACUGUAGAUCCUAAGAAGAGAAUGAAUGAGAGUUGAUUUUGAGAAGAAAAAGAGAAAAAUCUUUACAAAAAAAAAGAAAACACUAAUGGAAAAAGAAAAUAUUUUCCCUGGUGUAUAUUUUUUAUUGCUCAAUAAAAAGUCCUUAAUUCUGGACACAUGGAUAUAUGUGAUAAAAAGUGUUA